AUGCCGAUGGACGUAAGGAGUCCGCUGGUGAAUGACGAUGAACUUAGCUGUGGGUUUCAGCUAAAAGGAGGAGACUGCACCGUUCCAAAUGCCAGUCACUGGAACAAAGAGCAUAAACCAAUCUCUGAAUACAAAACUCUCAGAGCAGCAAGGAGGAGAUGCCGCUGCGUACGACUCUGUAGCCAGAAAAAAAGGCAAAAAGAAGAUAAACAAGGUAGUCGCAGACCCAGGAACCGCAGCAGAGGUCAGCUCAUUGUCAAAAACUCAAAGGCUACGACUUUGCAGUUUGACUCUGAUUUUGACUUUGAAACAGCGAAUGCUCAGUUUAAAGAUGACCUUACAAAAGAAAAAGAAGUCACAGCUGAAAAAGUAGAGUCAGCCAAAACUCCAGAAAGUCAAGAUAUGGAAGAGGUGGAGACUCCUGGUGACAAAUACUAUGACAAAGCCAAAUGCUUCUUUGAUAACAUCUCAUCGGACCUUAAACCCAGGAGAACCACAUGGGCAGAAGAGAAGAAGUUGAACAUGGAAACGUUUGGUGUUACCGGCCGCUUCCUCAGAGGCAGAGGCUUCAGAGGCCGGGGACGUAGAAAGGAGAACACUGUCGACCCUCGACCCCUCAAAGUUGGCAGUGGAAGGGUCUGAAUGUUUUGUUCUUGUAAAUAAUAGUCUUUUUGUACUAAAUUAAGAAGUACCUCCCUAUUUUCUACAUUUGUUUUUUUUUUUCUAAUUAUCCUAAAUGUAGUUUAGUCUAAUUUAAACUGGGAGCUGUUUAUUUUAGAUUGAGCAUGAU